CGGCUGCGAACUGCGGCGGUGGCAGCGGUUAGAUGCAAGCUUGCUGGCACGCACAGAUUGAGCCCGAGUCGCCCCGCAGGGAAAAGUGACCUCGCGCCCGGGCUGGUUCCAAGAAGUCCGCACCAUUGUGCUCAUAGAGCCAGUUUACAUUGGAGCAGGACUUGAACCCAGAUGAAUCCGGUGCUUUGUACUACUACAGUGCUGUUUUGAUGAUUCCAAGAACAGAACUUUGGAGCCAACGCCGCUGCUUCCUUUGGUUUUUGACAGAUUAUCCCAGGGAGGUGAAUAGAAGUUUCGUCUCAGUGUAGAUGACCAUGCAGCCUGCAAUCCAAGUGUGGUUUGGGGAAGAUCUACCUCUGAGUCCCAGGUGUCCCCUGACUCCCAGACAUGGCCCGGGCCUGGCUGAUGUUUGCCAGUAUGACGAGUGGAUAGCUGUGCGGCAUGAAGACACCCUGUUACCUAUGCAGGAAGAUCUCUCGAUUUGGUUAUCUGGCUUACUAGGUGUUGAUAUCAAGGCAGAAAGAUUAUUGGAAGAGCUCGAUAACGGGGUGCUCUUGUGCCAGCUAAUCAACGUUCUGCAGAACAUGGUGAAGGCCUGCCAGUCUGAGGAGCCAGGGAAUUUCCCAAUGAGAAAAGUGCCCUGUAAGAAAGAUGCUGCCUCGGGCUCAUUCUUUGCCAGAGACAACACCGCGAACUUUCUUCACUGGUGCCGGCACAUCGGUGUUGACGAGACUUACCUCUUCGAGUCUGAAGGUUUAGUUUUACAUAAAGACCCCAGACAAGUGUAUCUUUGUCUUCUUGAGAUUGGUCGGAUGGUGUCAAGAUACGGAGUUGAGCCACCAGUAUUAGUAAAACUUGAGAAAGAAAUUGAGUUGGAAGAGACCUUGCUUAAUGCCUCGGGGCUUGAAGAGUCCAUCAAUGUCCCCAAAUCCUGCUGUCAGCAAGAAGAACUACAUGAAGCUGUUAAACACAUCGCUGAGGAUCCUCCUUGUAGCUGUUCUCAUCGGUUUUCUAUUGAAUACUUAUCUGAAGGGCGGUACCGGCUGGGGGAGAAAAUACUCUUCAUAAGGAUGCUUCAUGGAAAACAUGUUAUGGUCCGUGUCGGCGGAGGCUGGGAUACUCUGCAAGGAUUUUUGCUGAAAUAUGACCCCUGUCGAAUACUGCAGUUUGCUACACUAGAACAAAAAAUUUUAGCAUUUCAAAAAGGAGUUUCUAAUGAAAGUGUGCCAGAUUCGCCUGCCAGACCGCCUCAGCCUCCAGAAAUGAACCCUUUGUCAGCAGUUAAUAUGUUUCAGAAACAAAAUUUAAAACCUGGCACACCAGUGAGUGUUCCGAAGAAGGAGAAACAGGUCCGCCCACCAGGUGCGCGGCAGCCCGCGUCGUCAGGAAAAGGUAAUCUGGCUUCCCUGUCUACCCGUUCCAAACAUCCAGAUUCUCCAGCAUCAUUUCCACAUCCCAAGGUCGCAUCUUUGAAGGGCAUAGCAAAAAAGACGAAUGCUCCUUCCACCAGUGUCUCGUCUUCUCUGUCGUCUCCAAAUCCAGGGGCUAAACCACGCACCGCCCAGCAUGCAUCAGAGUCGGUGAGAAAAUGCGUCACCUUCCCCAAGACUACUCAGUCCAAGGCUAUUCCAGCCCAGAAUCCAAGAGAUCCAUCUAAGUCUAGACUUUUACCGAAUAAAUCUCCUGGAAAAAUUGAGCCAAAGCAUUUGAAACACAAUCCUCUUUCUUCCAGGGAUGAGUCAUGUGCACAUUUAUCAUCCAAGUGCCCAAAGCUACCUAAAGGGACCAUGCACGGAAGGCCCAACCCUUCUCCUUUCCAGCCAUCUGCAAAAGCGGCCAAACCCAGUUCGAAAACCAGAGCCAUAGGUUUAGGGGCACAGUCUCAGCCACCUGAUAGAACUCCGAGGUCAGGGGCAGUCUCAGCACAAAGACUUCAGUCUACAUUGAAUUUAAACAAUCCAGCUUCUGUGUGCUCAGGGUCCUCUGCAAAAGCUACUCAGGAAUCGAAAGGUAAGAAUACAGUUUCAGUUGCCAAAAAGCAACCUCAGAGUAAGGGUGUCUGCCAGAGUCCGGGACCUGGCUCUUCCAAGUCUCCUGGCCGUACCCCACUGUCGAUUGUGACCGUUCCCCAGUCUGCUACCAAGACGGAAACUGUCUCGAAGUCAGCAAAGAUUGCCAUGAAGAGUCAGUACUCUAAGGCUAAAGGGCCUCUCAAAAGCAGCAAGCCAGCAGCCUCCUCCAGGAACCCACCCUCAUCCAGUAAGGGAGCAGGCGGAGGAGAUAAAAUGCCCAGUGCCAAGAAAAAGGAAGAGGAUGACCAUUAUUUUGUUAUGACUGGAAGUAAGAAGCUUAGAAAAUAAAUAUAAUUGUAUCGUUUCCACAAAUCAGGGUGAUCACUGAAUGACAAUCCACAAGGGUCACCAAAGAUCUUCCUGUUUGUGUGUGUCUGGAGAGCUGCAGAUAUGAGGUCAAGCCGGGCCAGAGCUGGGCCAGGGAAGCGACGCAUGCAUUUUGUGUAUUAGUGGACAAAUGGUUGGAUUUUGAUCCGCAUCAUUUUGCUAAUGUCUGCUGUUCGAGGGGAAUGUAGAAGUCUAAGAACACUACCAGAACCUUAACUGUUGUUGGUUAUAUUUUUGAAGCGGUGUUAACUAUGGGCAUUAUCUGCUAAUCGCAACUCUGAUGCUCUAAACACUAGUUACUGUGCUCGGUCACAAAGCAAUGGUUUGCUUGGCGUUACUGUGUACCUGUAACCCCAGCUCAGAAGGCUGAGGCUGGGGUGCAUAGUAAAACCCAGCAAGGUUUUGAAGCGUGCUGAAGUAGGCACCUAAGUUAAUUUAUUGGUCAGGAAUCCUGGUCCAGCAAUCCUAAGUCCCAAUGGGCCCUGCUGCGUACUUUGCUAUUAUUCUGGAGUAAAUGGAAUUCUUAUUAUUUAAAUCUCUAUAACCUUUCCAUAUCAGAAGGGACUGUUUUUUAAUUAAACUGGGCUUUUAUUAAUAUUGGUAUCAUUUUAUAACCAGUAUUUUUGAUAAAAAGAAAAAAAUUCAACCAAGUAAGUUAACUUAUUGACUCAUAAGCUGAAAUUUACUAAGAAUUAAGUUUUUUUAUUAAAAAGUAUAUUAUAUAUAAUAAUCUAGACACUUUGUAUCUUAUAUUUUUAGAUGAAGUCUGUGCAGUGUGAUGGGGAAGCAUUUAAUAGCUUUUAGCACAUUAAAAUAUUUUAAAUAGACAUUUCCUACGUGUACAGAUAAAACUUUUUUUCAUUAAAAUAAUGUUUUGAUGCCAGAAUUAGGUUUUAAUGAUCUUAAAAUUAAAAGGGAUGGGGGUGUGGCUCAGUGGAUAAAUCACGUCUAGGGCAGUCGUGGGCACUGGAGUUUGGAUCCCCAUACCUACAUCCAAAUCUUGGUGGGCUUCAUGGUCUGCCUAGAGUCCAGCACUCGGGAGGAAGAGGCAGGAUCUCCGGGGACAAGCUGGCUGGCUAGACAGCCAGUGCACAAGAUUCAGCCUUUUUGAGAGACCCUACCGUAGUAAAGAAGGAAGAUGCCAAAGUCAAUAUCUGGUCUCUCCAGACCCAUACAUAUAUAUCUGCACGCAUGUGCACACACAUAUAUGAAUGCAUAUAUAUAUACAUAUAUAUAUACACAAACACAUGCAUGUACACCACAUAUAUUGACACUUGCAAAAAAUCAAGAUGGUAGUAAGAGAGCCUUAGAGUGAUAUAAUGCACACAUCCCAUCUAGUGACUUGUAUUUCUUUUGAUAGCACACUAUCGAUUUUAAUUAGGAUCUCAAAUUAUGUUCAUUUCAUUAGUCAGGCCACGUUGUGCUCAGUUUUCCAGUGCCCAGCAGACAGUGCAUGUGGCGCCUUCUGUUCUGUAGGCAGAUUCUCUUCAGAGAUAUCCAAUGAUGUAAUGACAGCAUAGACUCCUUCCACCCACAGGGAUACUUGUAAAUGAUUUAUGUACGGGCUUGUCACUAUUUAAAGUGUAUUAAUGUACUUUGAGAACUUUUAAGGGUGUUAAGUAACUGUGGUAUUACCAGUUAUCCUAAGUUUUAGGAAGGAAAAAAAAUGGUCUAAGAGGUACAUGCUUGUAAUUCCAUUGCUUGGAAAAUAGAGACGGAAGGAUCAGAACUUCAAGGACAUCUUCAGCUAUGUACUGGAGACUUGUCUCAAAAAAAAAAAUUGGCAUUUUUGACUUCUCUUUUAUAAUUCAAAUGCCCUCCCUUUAAAAUCUCCUUUCCAUCUUCUUUCUUUGCGAUACUGAGGAUCCUGUGCUGGGGUGUCUCACAUCCUUAGAUAAGCAUUUUGACUGAGCCUUCUCUCCAGCUCCUUCAAAUAAGGUUUCUAACUCAAACAAACUGGCGAGCACUGUAGCUGGCUGCUAGCCGUCUCUGGACCUACAUACAGCCUGAGAACCCUGUGUAAAGAUCCAGUGAUCUUUACCCAAACAGUUUGCUGAAAAUCAAUGAUCAACUCAGGAUAGCAGAAAGCCACCAAAAGCUUCCCAAACUCCCCUCGGUUCUGAGCAUCACAACUAGCAAUAUUUACACCUUUGAAAGCGCCUCCAGGACUCAAGAGAUGCCAAGAGCAUUUCUGGUCAUCAUGAGUCUAACACACCUUUCAAAGAGGGAGAAUUGUACCUUUAUAGAGGCUAUUUCCUCAUAGAGAGGACCAUAAAACUAUUUCUAGAUCCGUAACUUCUGAGAAUUAAAAGAAAAAUAUAAAUUAUACUCUAGGCGGACUGAGUCUGUGACUCACUAGAUUGCACAGUUUUAUAAACAUUAUCUUUUGUGCUGGGUAAUCAAGACUGAGGAUACUCCCAGACAUCUGGCAUGAAUUCCAGAAUUAACUUUAGAAUUAUUUAUUUAAAAUAAAGGUUUUUUUUUUCUGUCUGCUCUUCAGAAUUUGUCCAAAUAUAAUCAUGUGUAAGGUGAAUUUCUUUUUCUGUGUACCUUGUCUUCCCUAAACAUAGGUUAUAUGUGAAUAAGUAAUUCAGUUCCGUGGGUCUAGAGAGAAGGCUCACCAAUUCAGAACACUUGGAAUUCUUGCGGAGACCUGGAUUCUCUGCCCAGCACUCAGAGGGAGGCUCCCAAGCAGCUAGAACUCUUGUUCCAGAGGAUCUGAUGCCUGCUUCUGGCCUCCACAGGCACCAGGCAUGCAUAUUGUACGCAUACACACAUAUAGGCAAAGCAGUCAUACACCCAAUCAAUCAUCAAUCAAACACUCUAAAAAACCCUUCCUACAAAAUGUUUUGAUUUUUUUUUUUCCUAAAGGAGCUGGUAAAGCUCUGUCACAAUUUAAAAAACAAAAAUUAUACUGCAGUUAUACUCACUUCCUUUUACUAAUAGUGUGACAUUACAUAAGGUCUUUUCGUGUUUGAUUUUUAAUAAGCCAAAUAUUAAGCAUAAAAUGUUGAUGUACUGGGAAGACGCAAUGUGUGGUUUCUUUAAAAAAUAGAAUGCUUUUCUUUUUGUAAUAAUUUACUAAUGUGUAAUUGUAUAAAGCUGAACAGGAGUGUGAAGUGAUGACUUUGACGCUAGGCUUCAAGCGAGGCAUUUGAGGAGAGCACCUUCUGAACGCACGGAGUGUUAGUGCUCUUGACCUGUCAUCUCCACAAAGUCUCGUUACACAGCUGCGGCUUGCCUGGCAUUCUCUAGGUAGCCCAGGCUGGCCUUGAGCUCAUAGCAAUCCUCCUGCCUCAGCCUCCUGAGUACAGGGUUUGCAGGUUUCAGCCACCACAUCCAGCUUGAACUUGUAGUUCUUAAUGGAUAAAGGAAUAGUUUGGAGAAAAUAAUUUCUUUGGCAAUCUUUUUUAUGUCUGUCUAAUUUAAAAAUCUGUCACUUCCUUAAAAGGAGCUAAUAAAGGUUGUGAUGGAUUCUUACAUCCAAGUUUCAUCCCACCUCUGUGCCAUUUGGAUUUGUAUAUAUUCUGUUGUGUUUUUUUAAUUAUUGUUGUUUUGUGCCAGCAGUAUUUGUAUCCAAUUUAACUUAUAUUUUCUCAAGUAUUAAAAUGUCAACAUAAA